CAUGAACCUCACCUUUGCGCCGCAGCGUUUCCACGUCGGCGUGUGGGUCUUUGGCCUCCUCUCGUACGUCUUGUACCGCGGUCGCGUCUCGGCCGACCGCAGCUACCAAGUGCUCUCGUACCUCUCGUACCUCUUCUUUCUGCUCUGCGUGCUGGACGUCGCGCUCUUUCACUGGCACGCGCGCCGCCUCGUGCCGCUCGAGCCGCGCGCCAAGGGCGUUGCCGUCGUCACAGGCGCGUCGUCCGGGCUCGGGCGUGAGAUUGCCUUUGCACUUGCGGAGAAAGGCUUCAACCUCGUGCUCGUGGCGCGCACCGAGGCGACGCUCGAGCGCAUCGCGAAAGAGAUGCGGGACGUGCUUGGCGUCACCGUCUACGUCUGCCCCACCGACCUGUCCUCGCCCGAGUCGGGCGUCGCGGCCAUUGAAGCGCUCGUGACCAAGGAAGAGGUCGAGGUCGACAUCCUCGUCAACUGCGCGGGUCUCGGGUACCAAGGCGCGUUUCACUCGCAGACCCGCGCCGCCGUGCACGAGAUGGUCGCAAUCAAUGUCACCGCGCUUGUCCAGCUCACACAUGCUCUCUUGCCGGGCAUGAUUGCGCGCAACCGUGGGCGCAUCUUGAACAUUGCGUCCGUCUCGGGAGCGUCGCCAAUGCCGACGUCAGCGAUCUACGGCGCGACCAAGGCCAUGGUGCUCCGCUUCUCGCAGAGCAUCAACUACGAAGUGCGCCGCUAUAACGUUGGCGUGACGGCGCUGAGCCCGGGCCCAAUCCCGACAGCGUUCCAAGAAAAGUGCGGGACGCCCCAAGCCGUCAUGUUCAACGUGCCAAUGAUCGCAGGCGACGCCAAGGCCGCGGCAAACACGGGUGUCGACGCGAUGCUCGCCGGCGUCGAGACGGUCUACGACUCGUUCACGUCCGAGAUGAUGGCGCUCGGCGCAUCGACGCUCGGACCCAAGCGCAUCGUCGCCAUGAUGUGCCACAUCAUGUGGAACCCGCCGAGCGAAAUCCCAAACGCAAUCUAGUCGAG